AUGAGGUUGAUCCCGGGGGUGAUCCCGAGUGACAAUGAUUCCAGGAGUGAGGGUGAUCCCAGGGAUGACGAUGAUUCCGGGGUUACAGUGAUCCUGGGGGUGACAGUGAUCCCGGGGGUGACAGUGAAUCCGGAGAUGAGGUUGAUCCUGGGGGACAAUGAUUCCGGGAGUGAGGGUGAUCCCGGGGAGGUCACAGUCAGAUUGGAUCACCCAGCAGGACCACAGCGCAGUCAGACUGGAUCACCCAGAGGUCACAGUCAGAUUGGAUCACCCAGCAGGACCACAGCGCAGUCAGACUGGAUCACCCAGAGGUCACAGUCAGAUUGGAUCACCCAGCAGGACCACAGCGCAGUCAGACUGGAUCACCCAGAGGUCACAGUCAGAUUGGAUCACCCAGCAGGACCACAGCGCAGUCAGACUGGAUCACCCAGAGGUCACAGUCAGACUGGAUCACCCAGCAGGACCACAGCACAGUCAGGCUGGAUCACCCAGAGGUCACAGUCAGACUGGAUCACCCAGCAGGACCACAGCACAGUCACACUGGAUCACCCAGAGGUCACAGUCAGAUUGGAUCACCCAGCAGGACCACAGCGCAGUCAGACUGGAUCACCCAGAGGUCACAGUCAGACUGGAUCACACAGCCGGAGCACAGCACAGUCAGACUGGAUCACCCAGCUGGACCACAGCACAGUCAGACUGGAUCACACAGAAGUCACAGUCAGACUGGAUCACCCAGCCGGACCACAGCACAGUCAAGCUGGAUCACCCAGCCGGACCACAGCACAGUCAGGCUGGAUCACCCAGAGGUCACAGUCAGACUGGAUCACCCAGCUGGACCACAGCACAGUCAGGCUGGAUCACCCAGUGGUCACAGUCAGACUGGAUCACCCAGCUGGACCACAGCACAGUCAGACUGGAUCACCCAGAGGUCACAGUCAGACUGGAUCACCCAGAGGCCACCGUCAGACUGGAUCACCCAGAGAGAGUGAGGUCUGCAGAUUCUGGAGAAUCAGAGUGGUGAGACUGCGUCACUGAGAGGUCACAGUGACAUGGAUCACCAAGAGAUUGCAGUGAGACCGGAUGACUGAAAGAUCACAGUAAGACUGUAUAACGGAGAGGUCACAUUGAGACUGCAUCAUAAAGAGAUAAUGAUGAAACUGUAUCACCCAGAUAUCUCAGUAAGACUGUGUCAUCAAGACGUCACAAUGAGACUGUAUCAUCAAAUAGUCAUCGUGAGACUGCAUCACUAAGAGGACAUGGCGAGACUGUAUCACCAAGAGCUCACAAUAUGACUGUAUAUCACUGAGAACUUGUGGUGAGACUGUAUCACCAAGAGAUCACAUUAAGACUGUAUCACCAAUAGGUCACAGUGAGACUGUAUCACUGAGAGAUCACAGUAUAACUGUGUCAUCAAGAGGUCGCAGUGAGACUGUAUCAUCAAGUGAUCAUGGUGAAACUGCAUCACUGAGAGGUCAUAGCAAGACUGUAUCACUGAGAGAUCACAAUAAGACUUUACCACUGAGAGGUCAUGGUGAGACUGUAUCACUAAGAGAUCACAUUAAAACUGUAUCAUUAAUAGGUCACGGUGAGACUGUAUCACUGAGCGAUAACAGUAAGAUUGUGUCAUC